GAGACCUCGGCAUUUUAUCAAGCAAGUGCACCCUGAAUCGUGAGGAGCAGAUAAAAAAAUAUUUCAGUUCUUUAGUUUUUAUGUCGUUAAGAUAAGACCCAGAGCAAAUGGUCGUUUCUGAUAAAGGAAAGGAUUUUGGAUUAAAAACACUUGUUCCGGCUAAGGGGGAUCCUUUAGUUUGUCUUUAUUCUGCGAAAUUGUUGGACCGAAUUACGACGAAGUAUGAAAAGACGAGUUUAUAACCUUUGAAGUGAAAAGUCCUAUUUUUUCUGGCAAGCUUUCUGUCCCUGAUUUUAAAGAGCAAUGCACUCUGAAAUAACGGGACAUGGCACAGAGGAAAAUUGUCUGAGGUGACGAGUGGUGGAGAUCAAGCCUUAUGCUCCUGGCAGCCUCCAACUCAGCUACCCACUCUGUACAUGGGAGGGAGCUAGUUCAUAAAUAAUGGAAUUGUUGACUUCUGCGUUCCUGUUGUUUCAGGAUAUAGACCCACGCCUCGACUGGGGUUGAUUUAUCUGUGGAAGACCUGCUGCAAAUGGCUGCCCUGCCUGCGUCGCCAGGAUGGAAAACAGGAUUGUCAAUAGGAUGCGGCCUGACGAAUAGCGGCAAGUGAAGAUGUCGCCUUCGCCAGUGUGAAAUCAGUGGGGAGUACUUGCCAUGCGAAGAGCCUUUGAAAGUUUUGACAGCCGCACGUUUGGGAGGCCUGAUACUUUUCCUUUGAUUGUACCCCUUCCUGUGGGCGGACCUAAAGUGGAUUGUUGCUGCUAGCGCUGCGGUGCGGUGAGCCCCAGUUGGUGUGUGUGUGUGUCUACUGGUGUGGCAGAGAGAGCAUGCCCCUGCAGAGGCCUGGCCGUCUGAGGCUGCACCCUGCCUGGAGGGCCAUGCAGCCCCGGCUGGGCGUAGGCCUGGGUCUGGGCCUGGACCUCACCUUCCUGCUGUGGAUACUGAGCCUAGCACAGCAGGCCCUGGUCACGGCCUCUCAGAAACUGGACGAAACGGACCCUGUGGUCACCACCGUCUACGGCAAACUGAGGGGCGUCAAGAAGGAGCUCAACAACGAGAUCCUGGGACCCGUCAUUCAGUUCCUGGGGGUACCUUAUGCCGCACCCCCCACGGGCGAGAGGCGCUUCCAGCCCCCGGAGCCGCCCAUCUCGUGGCCGGAGGUCCGCAACGCCACUCAGUUUGGCCCGGUCUGCCCCCAGACCAUCGUGGAGGGGCGCCUGCCGGACGUCAUGCUGCCUGUGUGGUUCACUAACAACCUGGAGAUAGUGUCUUCUUACGUACAGGACCAGAGCGAGGACUGCCUUUUCUUAAACAUUUAUGUCCCCACUGAGGAUGUAAAAAGAAUAUCCAAGGAAUGUGCCAGGAAACCGGGCAAGAAAAUAUGUAGACAAGGAGGUCCCCUUACAAAGAAACACAAUGAUGAUUUAGGUGAUAAUGACGGGGCAGAGGAUGAAGACAUCCGUGAAAGCGGUAGCCCCAAGCCAGUGAUGGUAUUUAUCCAUGGGGGAUCCUACAUGGAGGGCACUGGGAAUAUGUUUGACGGCAGCAUCUUGGCAAGUUACGGCAAUGUUAUCGUCAUCACAGUGAACUACCGGCUUGGAGUAUUAGGUUUCUUAAGCACAGGGGACCAAGCUUCCAAGGGAAACUACGGACUCCUUGAUCUGAUCCAAGCUCUGCGCUGGACUAGCGAGAAUAUUGCUUUUUUUGGUGGUGACCCUUUACGAAUAACUGUUUUUGGAUCAGGGGCUGGCGCCUCCUGUGUCAACCUCCUGACCCUGUCCCAUUAUUCUGAAGGACUUUUCCAGAGAGCUAUAGCACAGAGUGGCACUGCGUUGUCCAGCUGGGCCGUCAGCUUCCAGCCUGCUAAGUAUGCUCGCAUGUUGGCCAAGAAGGUGGGCUGCAACCUGAAAGACACAGUGGACCUGGUGGAGUGUCUGCAGAAGAAGCACUACAAGGAGCUGGUGGAUCAGGACAUCCAGCCUGCACGGUACCACAUCGCCUUCGGGCCUGUUAUCGACGGUGACGUCAUCCCAGACGACCCCCAGAUCCUCAUGGAGCAGGGUGAGUUCCUCAACUAUGACAUCAUGCUGGGCGUCAACCAGGGCGAAGGCCUGAAGUUCGUGGAGCUCAUCGUAGACCAUGAGAACGGCGUCCAGGCCAAUGAUUUUGACUACGCCGUGUCCAGCUUCGUGGACGACCUGUACGGUUACCCGGAGGGAAAGGACAUUCUGCGGGAGACCAUAAAGUUCAUGUACACGGACUGGGCUGAUAGGCACAACCCAGAGACCAGGAGGAAGACCCUACUAGCCCUGUUCACUGAUCACCAGUGGGUGGCUCCGGCCGUGGCCACAGCAGACCUCCACUCCAGCUUUGGGUCGCCAACCUACUUCUAUGCCUUCUACCACCACUGCCAGACAGACCAGGUGCCCCCCUGGGCAGACGCUUCCCACGGCGAUGAGAUCCCUUACGUGUUUGGCCUGCCCAUGAUUGGCCCCACAGAGCUGUUCCCUUGUAACUUCUCCAAGAACGACGUCAUGCUCAGCGCUGUGGUGAUGACCUACUGGACUAAUUUUGCCAAAACUGGUGACCCCAACCAGCCGGUCCCCCAGGAUACCAAGUUCAUCCACACCAAGCCUAACCGUUUCGAGGAGGUGGCGUGGACGCGCUACAACCAGAAGGACCAGCUGUACCUCCACAUCGGCCUGAAGCCCCGAGUCAAGGAGCACUACCGGGCCAACAAGGUCAACCUGUGGCUGGAGCUGGUGCCACACCUCCACAGCCUGAAUGAGGUCACCCAGAUCAUCUCCACCACCACCAAGGUCCCACCACCAGAGGUCACCCCCAGGACACCAAAGAAGAUCCCUGUCAACACCAAGAGGCCUAACCCCACGCCCUUCCCCACCGAGACCCAGGACAGUCAGAACCAGCCCUUCCUGGUGGACCAGAGGGACUACUCCACAGAACUGAGCGUCACCAUCGCCGUGGGCGCCUCGCUGCUCUUCCUCAACAUCCUGGCCUUUGCAGCGCUCUACUACAAGAAGGACAAGCGGCGGCAUGACGUUCACCGGCGCUGCAGCCCCCAGCGCAACACGACCAACGACCUGGCGCACACGCAGGAGGAGGAGAUAAUGUCCCUGCAGAUGAAGCACACGGACCUGGACCACGAGUGCGAUGCCAUGCACCCACACAAGGUGGUUCUGAGAACUGCCUGCCCGCCAGACUACACGCUAGCCAUGCGACGCUCUCCUGACGACAUCCCCCUCAUGACCCCAAACACCAUCACCAUGAUCCCCAACACCAUGCAGGGCCGCCAGUCCUUGCACAACUUCAACACCUUCCCCAGUAGUGGACAGAACAGCACCCUGCCUCACACCCUGCCUCACCCGCACUCACACUCCACCACCAGGGUAUAGCCGGACGGACGCUGACAUACACAGCACAUGCCAGAGCUCACACCCAGCCUGAAUCAAACAGAUGUGGAUUAACUUCUACUCAUGUGAAUAUAUGAAAGGAAUAUAGGGAUGUUGCUGGGACGGGAGAAGAAUUUCAUUUUAUAUAAAAGAAGAUAUGAUUAAAAGUACAACAAUAUUUCAAAUGAAAAAUUAAACAAAGAGAAGGAUCAUUUUUAUUUCUGGUAUUGCAACAAAACAAGGUCAACUUUUCCAGCUAUAGAUAUCACCUUCGGAAUUUUAUAAACUAUUGCUUGAUCCUGUUAUCUUGGAAAAGAGAGAAACCUCAGUGGAGCCUCAGAGGAGUAGCAGGGCCGCUUUGUAAAUGAAAGAAAACAUAUUGUUUUCCUGAGGAAUCAAACUGUAGAUUACUCUUUCUGGAGCCAAGAGGAGAUGCCACUUUACCAAUUUAGGCAUGUGUUACUCUACAAGUAGAGGCAAUGUAAGAUAUCACAAAAACUAUCUAGAGAGAGGGGGAAAACUCUUAAAGAAUAUGCACAAUGUAGACAUUUUUAAAAUGUCUUGGAUUCUUUUCAUCAAUUUAUUUUUGGGGAACAGUUUUAUUGUAUAGAACCUAUUUACAUAUCUAGAUAUGUACACAAAGCACCAAUGCUGUUUAAGUCCUUCUUGGGCGUCAAUACCGCAAAUCUGCCAGCAGAACAAAAAGGGGGGGAUCCACUGGCUUUCUGGCAGAUUCAGCUUCAUCACACAAGUGCUGUCUAUACCGAAAGCUGGAGGACAAAGGAUACUGGAUAUUUUUAGCACGACGCGCAUGACAAUUUAUCUGCUUGAUGGCUGUUCUGCUGAUUAAGUCAUAAUUAAGAAUACUUUUCAUCCCCAUUGGAUUAGUUUGAAGGAACACUGCUGAUUAGCUUACAAACCCACAGGAUUUUGGGAAUGGUCACAUGGGUGAAGGUCAUGGGUCAUAAUUGAGGACAGCAGAGGAGGGUGGGCUUAUGGUAACUACAUUACAUACACAAUAGCUUGAGUGAACAUGAGUAUAAGGACUAGUUUUGUACAAUUUGUGUUGGUACAACUUUUUGAUAGUGGUGAAUCACUCGCUGUUUGGGAUCCCAAUGGAGGGACCUUUCAUUGUACUCUUUUACUUUGGAUCAAUGUUCUUUGCUAUUAUACAUAUUGGGUUUCUUAUCACCACUCUUGACUAGUUCAAGACCACUUUAAUGUAGAAAAGUAAUUACCUGCACUGUUGAUUCUUUUCUUUUCUUUUUUCCGUAUGAAUGAUUCCUGAACACAAAGCGUGCCCAGGGCUAUGAAGAAGGGAAGGUGAAGGCUAGGAAAUAGUAGAACCUCUUGACUGCAUAUAUUUUCUUUCCUCCCAUUAUCCUUUCAUAGAGUAUGUUCCGUAGUGUUGUUUAAAGAUUAAUGCGUAUAAAUGUGUAAUUGAAGCGAGGAGGCCCUCCGCUGACAUGGUUGAUUAGGGGGUCCUCUCAUCCUGUUGUGCCUGCAACCCAACAGCAGGAGAGCGCGAGAGAGAGCGAGGGAGAGAGAGAGAAAGGGAGAGGGAGCGCUCCAGGAACUCCCAUAGUACACCUCUCCCAGGCAGGGAACAGUGAUCAGUCAGAUUCUCGCUCACUGCACUAGAACCGGUCAGCCAUCACCCUCAUCUCUCACAGAGUAAAUGCCAUUUGCCUCUGUUUUUUUAUUUUCUACUGAAAAUGCUAUACUGUAUUUUCUGGACUUUUAGUUAUCCUUUUUCUUUAGCAUGGUUUACACACGCCUUGGUGUCACAUUGUACAUGCCUGUCGGCAUGUUACCAUGACUGUCCCACUAACCCUUAGGCAGCCCUCAGUGAGUGUUCCUGCCCUUGCAGUGCCAGAGUGCAACUUCCCUCUGCCAGCUAGCGCAGGCCAGGGGAGUAAUAAUGUGUCAUACAAAUACAAACCAGAGUGAAUAGCUUAAAGGAGGAAGCCGCUGAAGGGAAAAUAGCUCUCUCUAAACAGACAGAAGGCCUGCUGUACUCAAGCAGAGAGUGGAGACGACACGUAAGUAAGACAUAAAGGAAGAAAAAUAAAAGCCUGGACAUUUGCUCCACCGUCUCCUUUAUUUACUGGCGCUCUACAGUCAUUCAAAGGAGAAACAUACACUUUCAAACAACGGGAUGUAGACAAGGUGUAGCUUUUCUGGGGGAGGUGAACUUAAAUUAUAACAAAACCUUCAGAUGUCCCAAAACUAACACCCAAGCAGUUUCACCAGCCUGUAUUACAGUGGUGUGACCUCUUAACAAGGCUCCUCACUGGAGAAAUGACACUUGGGGGGAGAGAACCGCCCAUUGCGAAUUAAACUUGUAAUUGCACUACGGAUAAAUUAUCAAGUAACAUUGGAGAGUUGGAAGGAGAGGAGAAUGUUAAAGAAGCGCUUACUUUAGCAUGCAUAAGCCAGUCCUCAACAGAUUUGUUUCCCCCAGAGUUCCCCCCUCUCAGCUUCACCACUACUUACCAUACCGGGGAGGAUUGUAAACAGAGUUAGAAAUGAGCCAACCUGUACUACUCUCCUCUCCCAUCCUCCUUCCCUCCCAUAACAGCUCACUCUGUACACCCCCCAUAUUCAAAUACUGCAGGUAUGAAUAUGGAUAGUUGCUGCUCACUGUACUCUCUCUCCAUCAUGCUCCCUGAGAGUGGUGUUAAAACUGUAUGAGCCAGUGGUAAAGGAGAGCUUUGAGGGCUCUCCCUCCAAAUGUGCAUGCAGGACUUCUAGAAGGUAAGAGAAAGAAGGGGUAUACCUGAAACUAUAAUGUGACUAUGUGGCUCAUGCCUGACCUGUGUUACCCAGGCUUGGAAAGAGGAGGGUCAAGCAUUGUGAAUGAAUGUAAUGCAACGAGUGCCAUUUUAUAAAAAACACUUCUCAACAUCUUUGAGAUCUAUUAAGAUCUUUAAGAUCUGUAAAAGGGUGAUCGCUCUUUCAAAAUGUCUGUGAAAAGGGCGCUAUGUGAGUGGGUAUGGCAGUUGUAUUGUAGAUUAUUUGUCACUUGUCUUUCUUUCUGGUUAAAUAGUAAAUACUCUUCUGGAGCACAAUAAAUGAUUUUAAUAAGCUGAA